CUUUUUGUACGGUUGGCUGUCUGCAAAGUGACGUUUGACGUCGGCUUCUCCGCUGGUGCACAGAAAACGCAGAAAACCUUUCAACACCCCUAUAAUUAUUAGAUUCAGAGAUUUUCGAAAUCAACAACGAUGGAUGAAGAAUACGACGCAAUCGUUCUCGGUACCGGAUUGAAGGAAUGCAUCUUGAGUGGUAUGCUAUCCGUUUCCGGUAAGAAAGUCCUGCAUAUAGAUCGUAACAAAUACUAUGGAGGCGAAUCGGCCUCCAUCUGCCCCUUGGAGGAGCUCUUCGCCAAGUUCAACGUGCCCAACCCGGAUGAAACAUACGGCCGCGGUCGCGACUGGAACGUUGAUCUCAUUCCCAAAUUCCUUAUGGCCAAUGGACAACUAGUAAAAUUACUCAUCCAUACCGGUGUUACUAGAUAUUUGGAGUUUAAAUCUGUUGAAGGAAGUUAUGUUUAUAAAGGUGGAAAAAUAUCUAAGGUUCCAGUGGAUCAAAAAGAAGCUUUAGCUUCUGACUUAAUGGGAAUGUUUGAGAAACGUCGUUUUCGCAAUUUCUUGAUUUAUGUUCAAGAUUUCCAGGAGAAUGACCCUCGUACAUGGAAAGACUUUGAUCCAAAUAAAGCAACGAUGCAGGCUCUUUAUGAGAAGUUUGGCCUUGAUAACAACACCAGGGAUUUUACAGGUCACGCCCUCGCCUUGUACAGGGACGAUGAUUAUCUUGAACAACCUGCUAUUCAAACAAUUAGGCGUAUCAAACUUUAUUCUGAGUCGUUGGCCCGUUAUGGAAAGUCACCUUAUUUAUAUCCAAUGUAUGGACUUGGUGAAUUACCACAAGGCUUUGCAAGAUUAUCUGCGAUAUACGGGGGUACAUACAUGCUUGAUAAACCGAUAGAUGAAAUAGUUUUAGGCGAAGGGGGUCGCGUAGUAGGGGUACGUUCCGGUUCUGAAACGGCUAAGUGUAAACAGGUUUAUUGCGAUCCAAGUUAUGUAAUGGAUCGCGUUCGUAAGAAGGGUAAAGUAAUCCGUUGCAUCUGUUUAAUCGAUCAUCCCAUAGCGAGCACAAAAGACGCUCUUUCCACUCAAAUAAUCAUUCCGCAAAAACAGGUCGGCCGCAAUUCCGAUAUUUACGUAUCACUUGUUUCUUAUACUCAUCAAGUGGCCGCGAAAGGUUGGUUUAUCGCAAUGGUUUCGACCACGGUUGAGACUGACAAUCCGGAAUCGGAAAUUAAACCCGGCUUAGAACUUUUGGGUACAAUUCGUCAGAAAUUUGUUUCCGUUUCGGAUUAUUACGAACCGACUGACGCCGGAUUGGAAUCGCAAAUUUUUAUUUCCGAAUCGUACGACGCUACAACUCAUUUUGAGACCACGUGUUUGGACGUUUUGGAUAUAUUUAAGAGGGGUACGGGAGAAGAAUUUGAUUUUUCAAAAAUUAAACACGAGCUGGGCGAUGAAGAACAAUAAGAUUAAAAAAGAAGGUAAGGUGGUGAGGAUUUAUUAUGAUUAUCGUUUUUUUGAGGUUAGGUUUUUACGAUUUGCGGUCGUAUAUUCUAUGUAAAACUGUGUGCUGCAUCAUUAAAAACUAUUUACUAUUGUUUGAUAAACGAAAGACCUUCAACGAUUAAAAAAAGAUAAAAAUGCUUUGUAUAUUUAGGGAGGUAAUUUUUCUUUUUAGCUGUGAAAGAGAUUUUCUAAUUUAUUUCCGUGAUCGCUAGCUUUUUGGAGGAAAAUAAAUAAAUAAAUGCUAAUGUAUUAUCUUAUAAAAAUAGUAAGAAAGAGGGAUUUUACAUAAAAUCGCUGCUUUGCAUUCCAAAUCUAACGUUUUAUUACAUUUAAUUAUUUUUUCUAUUACAUUUGUUUAUAUUUCAAUCACUAUUAACCUCGUACACUUCGAAAUGAGGGUCAUAUUUGGAUAAAAAAAGAAUUCAAGAAAGGGAAUUCAUAAAAAUAAAGUUAUCAAUCGCACGGUGUUUAAUACCAUAAAUCGUAAAUAUAUAGUUGCAUUCUCAUCUUGAAAAAGUUUCAUUAAAGGUGGCGCAUUUACAUAACCUCUAAUAGAAAUUGCUGAAUAGAUUAUCGCUAUAUUGUUAAUUUUUUUAGGCUAAUUAAUGUCUCUGUGUUUUUAAUGAGAAAAAAGUAUGUAAUAAGCGUAUAAGCGGUUGGCACAUUUCCUAUCCUCUUAGGGUUUAAAAGUUUUAAAUGAAACAAAAAAAAUAAUGUAAGUAAUUUAGUCGUAUAUUUGUGAAUUAUGGUGUUAAAAAUAAAAUAAUUGCCUAUGA